AUGUUUUAUGCUGACACCAUUUUUCGUGCCGCACUUGCGUCCCAUCGACCCGUUUUGGCGUCAUCUAUUUCUGCCAGGAGUGUUGUGAGGCGUCUCUUGGGUGAUAGAGGGUAUCGUGUUCCUAAUGUUGGUGCAAUGGAUUCAGUUGUAACCAAGACUAAGGGUCGGGGGUUGCCAGGAACAGCGUGUGUUGUUGGAAGGGCUGCCCUUUACGUGCAUCACGGGAAUCCGGAAGCCGCAAUAGCCGAAAUUAAUAGGGUUCUUCCUGAAAUUCAGGAAGCUGAUUUGAAGCGUCAUGCAAUUGGAAUUCGUCUCCGGGCAAAGAAUGAUCUCUUGGAUAUAAAAGAAGCAGCUUUGAAAGUGGAUGGGGGCACAACAGAGUUGGAUGUAUGCACACUUCGCAGCGCUAUUCGUGAGGAUUAUGAAGCUUUGAAGUCGGCUUCCUCUGGGUGUUGGCUGGUAGAAAUGGCGGCGGCGGAAUAUGCGCUCUAUGAAGCAAAGGCAGAAGAGGCCUAUAAGGUUUUUUGUGAUGUGGCAGAGAAAACUGAAAGUUUUAUUGCCUCACUCGAAGGGUUACACAUUUCCUCUGAGGUGGCUUCUGCUGAGAACACGCAAUCAUUUUCAUUGUUGUCCUUUUUGUUGAAGCGUGCUCAUGAUGCUGAGGGAGUGAAUCCAUCUGCUUCAAAGAUUGUAGAAGAAGGCAUCAAAAACAUUUUGAAUGAUGAUUCUGUGAAGGGUUCUUUGGCAACAUUCAAAAAGGAACUUGGUGUUUCUCUUACGGAUGAAGAAGCAGUUGAAGUUGCAUGCGUCCUUGAUGCAGCACACGUCCGUCAUCAUUUUCACGACUUUUUCCCACUGGAAGGGGAAUACAAUGAUUGGCGUUCUGAGGGUGCGAAAGAGGCUAAGAAUGAGAUUGUUCAAGUGUUUACCCCGCAAGCUGUUGUUAUUUCAAAUGAACUACUUGAGAAUGUGAAAAAAUCGGUGCCAUAUAAGCCUUUUUAUGUUCCUGAAGAUCAGCUUCGAAAGUUUCUUUCUUCUGGUCACAAGAACUAUCUUGCUGAGCUUAGGGCGACAUUUGGUCCUAGCCCAGCGUGCGUGCUUGCAAAGAGCGAUGAAGCUUAUUUUGAGGCCAUGAAUAUUUUGAAGCAGGGACCACCUUCUGCUGAUACGGCCGGUGAUCUUUCUUACCCACAAAAACAAAAUGAGAUUUGCCGCAAAUUGGCCCGCCAGCUUUUAUACCGAACAAAGGUCAAUACAGCUGUUGCAUUGACUCAGCUGGACCACCUUAAUGAGGCAGUAGAAAUUUUGGAUAAAGUUAUUGCUGCAAAUGAAUUUGUUUACAUGUGGCGUGCAUUUCUUGCGAGGGGGGAAGCAAAAAAAAGGUUGGGAUUUAUUAGUAAUUCUGACAAGGAUUUUCGUCAGUUAUCCGAGCAAAAGAAAACUUUCCGCCGGAAAAUGUAA